AAUACAAGCUGUUCAUUACGGAGCAUCGCAACGCCAGAUAUUGAUAAGCAUUCACCAAAACUGAAACGAUUCCGUUUGCCACACUCUCAGAUAACUUGGAACAUGGUCCUAGUGGAAUUUGGGCACACAUGGAACCUGUUAUUAAGUAUAUGAAUACUCGUCAUGAGUUUAAGACUUUACAUUUUGUAUCUGAUGGACCAACGCCCCAGUACAGAAGUAAGUUCAAUCUUUAUCUUUUUACCACACAAAUGUUUGAAAAAGGAUAUUUGAAAGGAACAUGGAACUUCCUAGAGUCUAGCCAUGGAAAAGGGGCAGCAGAUGGUGUAGGCUCGGUGGUAAAACGAACUGCGGACAAACGUGUGGAAACAAACGGAUCAUAUAUAACUUGUGCCGAAGAUUUAGCUCACGAAAUGAAAGACUUAAACGUAAAAGUAUUCAUAGUCAAAGGUGAAGAAAUUGAUAGAUUGGCAGAAAAGAUCCCAAAGGAUUUAAAACGUAUUCAUGACAUCAUGAAAGUUCACCAGGUAAUUAGACUUUUUGUAACACUUAAAACGUAUACACGCUUAUACCUAAAAUAUAAAACCACAACAACAAUAAAAUUUUAUUCGCAGACUCAACAUUACAGAUGCAUUUGGCUUACACAUUAAUAAGUAAAAAUAUUCUAUUAAUAAAAGACAGUUUAAAAUAAAAGUAAAUAAAUACAUUAAAAACAUACUUUACUAAUUAAAGCGCAGAUCAUUACAACAACAAAAAAUAAUAUAUCAUAUAAAUAUUAUGAGCAACGUGAGUUUCAGGUGUUGGUGAAUGAACCAGGAAAAUUGCGCUCCAGAGUAGUGUCCUUCUGUAAAUACUCAGAUGAAUGCCGCUGAUACAUGAAUGAGUCUGGUACAACAUGCUUUCUAAAAGCGGAAAAACAUGUAAGUAUAGUGUUAUUUUCUGUUAUAUGAUAACUGCUCUCAAAAAUUCUCAAUCAAGUAAUAAUAAUUGUAUUACAUAUGCCUUAACACACCAUACCCUGUCCGUCACAAUCCACUGUGAUAGCAUUUAUAUAGUUAAUGAUAUGUUAAUUGUCUUUCAGAUAAAUAGCAAGUCGUCAAAUGUCAACAUUACUACACCACCAGAAGCUGACAGAAGUGGUCCGUCUGAUUCAGGGAGUGGUAAUCUAGACCAACAGGAACAGUCUCUGCAGCAAUCAAUCCUCCGACCUCCACUUGAUGUCGACGAAACCUUAAUUGGACAAUACGUGGUGGUACUCUAUGAUGGACUACCAUAUCCUGGGGUGGUGAAGGACGUUGAUGAAAAUGACCUUGAAGUGAAGGUAAUGCACAAAGUUGGAGUAAACAGGUUCUACUGGCCAAGCCCAUUAGAAGAUAUAUGUUGGUACACGAAAGAAAACGUCUUAACGAUUCUCGAGUCAGAACCAAAAAAACUAACUGGACGUCAUUGCCAAAUUGAUUCCGAAACAUGAACAUUGAUUGCUAAACACUUAGAUGUGUAGAUGUGAAUGCCAUUUCACACACAAUAGUUUCAUAUUGUUGUAAAACAAAUUAUUGGAUAGUUUCUUGUUACUAGUUGCAACGACUAUUUGAUUCGUUGGUAUUAUAUAUAUAAAAAAGUUCCUAAUGAUAGUUCAUGUGUGACAGUGUGCUAUAAUGGAAGCUGUAUAUAUUCGUUACCAUUUGUAUGGUAUCAUCAUUAUGAUUCGACGGUGA